ACUGAUUGGCUAAUGCGUGUCCAUGCCAGCGCGUCAUCCUGUUGCAGAAAGCCGGAACAAGCUUAGUGGCAGCUGUGGUCUCUGCCUACUGAGCAGUCCCGGGGGUUAUCAGCUGCUGGCUCGGUAGAGGAGUUGGCAGAGAGGAGUUGCCAGGCCUUGGCAUCGCUUUCCUAUUCGGCCUUUGUAGGAUGUAUUUACCUCGGGCCCGGCGUGUGUAGGAGGCUUCCUCAGUCCUCCCGUGCUUGGUAUGGGCUGCCCAGCAGUAGAGGCCCGGCGCUGGGGUGACAUGUGGCUGGUGGUGGCCUUCUGUCUGCUGGGACACGGACAUGCUGCUGUGACCAAGGAGGAGAAGGCUCACUUAAGGAGUCAAGUGCUGGAGAUGUUCGAUCAUGCAUACGGAAAUUAUAUGCAACACGCUUACCCAGCUGACGAACUCAUGCCCUUGACCUGCCGUGGAAGAAUACGUGGCCAGGAACCCAGCAGAGGGGAUGUUGAUGACGCUUUGGGAAAAUUUUCGCUAACAUUAAUCGACACACUGGACACACUUGUGGUGUUAAACAAAACCAAGGAGUUUGAAGAUGCAGUCCGAAAAGUGAUUACUGAUGUCAAUUUAGACAAUGAUAUAGUGGUGUCUGUCUUUGAGACAAAUAUCAGAGUCUUGGGCGGCCUCCUUGGUGGACACUCAGUUGCCAUCAUGCUGAAAGAAAAUGGGGAUGGCAUGCAGUGGUACAAUGAUGAACUCCUGCACAUGGCUAAAGAGCUUGGCUAUAAGCUUCUCCCAGCGUUCAACACUACCAGUGGCCUUCCCUACCCCAGAAUUAACUUAAAAUUUGGCAUCAGAAGGCCAGAGGCUCGGACGGGGACAGAGACUGAUACGUGUACAGCUUGCGCAGGAACAAUGAUCUUGGAAUUCGCUGCACUGAGCCGCUUUACUGGAAUAUCAGUAUUUGAGGAACAUGCUCGGAAAGCCCUAGAUUUCCUCUGGGACAAAAGGCAGCGCAGCAGUAACCUGGUCGGUGUGACAAUUAAUAUCCAUACGGGGGACUGGGUGCGCAAAGACAGCGGAGUGGGAGCAGGAAUAGAUUCUUACUAUGAAUAUUUACUGAAGGCCUACGUUCUCCUGGGGGAUGACAGCUAUCUGGAAAGAUUCAAUACACACUAUGAUGCCAUUAUGCGAUACAUAAGCCAGCCUCCACUCCUGCUUGAUGUACAUAUCCACAAACCAAUGCUGACAGCACGGACAUGGAUGGAUUCACUACUUGCAUUUUUCCCUGGUCUCCAGGUGUUGAAGGGGGAUAUCAGACCUGCAAUUGAGACUCACGAAAUGCUUUACCAGGUGAUAAAAAAGCACAAUUUUCUACCAGAGGCCUUCACAACUGAUUUCAGGGUUCACUGGGCCCAGCACCCUUUAAGACCAGAGUUUGCUGAAAGUACUUAUUUCCUCUAUAAAGCCACUGGUGAUCCUUACUACCUCGAAGUGGGAAAAACUCUGAUUGAUAAUCUGAAUAAAUAUGCACGGGUGCCAUGUGGAUUCGCUGCUGUUAAAGAUGUGCGGACCGGAAGCCAUGAAGACCGAAUGGAUUCCUUUUUCCUGGCAGAGAUGUUUAAGUACCUCUAUUUGCUGUUCUCCGAAAGGGAAGAUCUUAUAUUUGAUAUAGAAGAUUAUAUAUUCACUACAGAAGCACAUCUCCUACCUCUCUCUCUUUCCACUGCAAAUCCGAGCAGCACAAAGAAAAAUACAACUACUCAGUACACUGAACUCGAUGAUAGUAACUUUGAUUGGUCCUGCCCAAACACCCAGAUCCUCUUCCGGAAUGACCCAAUGUACGCACAGAAUAUUCGGGAACCUCUGAAAAAUGUCGUUGAUAAGAAUUGUCCUCGGAGUCCUUCUCGUCUGGAUGAGAUUUCUGGCAGUGGUAAAAUGCCACCUCUACGGGCUCGUGAUUUUAUGGCCUCUAAUUCAGAGCAUUUAGAGAUCCUAAAGAAGAUGGGUGUGAGUCUUAUUCACCUCAAGGAUGGCCGUGUUCAGUUGGUCCAACAUGCCAACCAAGCUGCAAGCUCUAUUGAUGCUGAGGAUGGCCUUCGAUUCAUGCAAGAAAUGAUUGAGCUCUCCAGCCAGCAGCAGAAAGAGCAGCAACUGCCUCCCCGUGCUGUGCAGAUUGUGUCCCACCCGUUUUAUGGGAGAGUCGUAUUAACUGCGGGACCCGCUCAGUUUGGCAUGGACCUUUCGAAACAUUUAGCUGGGGCACAAGGGCUGGUAGCUAGAGCGGAGCCAUACAGCGGGUGCUCUGAUAUCACCAACGGACAGGCAAUACAAGGCAAGAUUGCACUGAUGCAGAGAGGUCAGUGUAUGUUUGCUGAGAAGGCUCGCAAUGUGCAGAAAGCUGGGGCCAUUGGAGGGAUUGUUAUAGAUGACAAUGAAGGCAGCAGCAGUGACACUGCCCCUCUCUUCCAAAUGGCUGGAGAUGGGAAGAGUACGGAUGACGUCACCAUCCCCAUGUUGUUUCUCUUCAGUAAGGAAGGAAAUAUCAUUCUUGAUGCCAUUCGUGAAUACCAGCAGGUGGAGGUUCUACUUUCAGACAAAGCCAAAGACCGAGCAGCCAUUUUUAAAGGUAAAAUAGUCCCAAACUACAUUUUUGAUAGCAAUUUAGAAAGUGAAAGUGGAGAACAGAAGCCAGUAGAAAACGAUUCCCAGAAACAGGCAUUGGAAGAUCUUUUUAUGACUCCAGAAGAAAUUGCAGAACUUCUUAUAGUGCAUGAGGAAGAAUCACCUGUUUCUCAGCCAGAGGUGCCAAGUUCUGACUCUCCAUCUGGUGGGGACAGAACUUCAGAAAGAGACAUUACACCAGAAAGUCAAGAACAUAAGACCGAAGAGACUGAACACAGCCCGAAAGACAAUGUUCAGACCCCACCAGAAAACUCUGAAGACUCCACAGAGGAGAAAAUGGACAACAAAGUUCGGCCAAUGGAGUCAAUAUUGGCCGACUGGAAAGAGGACAUUGAGGCCUUUGAAAUGAUGGAGAAGGAUGAACUAUGACCAAACGUAUUUUUCUUUUUAAAGACUCCAUUUGUUCUUCUCUACCACAUAAAGGCGUCCAGCCCUCUUUGAAAGGUUUACACACUUCAUGAACAGCAGCAUUUGUGAAGGAUAAUAUUUAGCAACAUUUGCUGUACAUUUUCAGCGGGUCCACAACACCCAAGGCAUGUCUGUUUCCUUCUGUUUUGUUGGAUCCUGUGUCGAAUGUUAGUAGAGAAUAGGAGCAAAUAUAUUCAUUCAGUUUUUGAUGAGGCUCUAUGAAGAACUUCAGGUUUGGGAGGUGAAUGCCCUAGAAAUUCUCCAUAUUUAUCUUCAUUACAAUUCUAUAAAAAAAAAUAGGGGAAAUAGUUUAUUAAAUCGGUUAAAAAUUAUUUUUAGUUAGAAGAUCUCAAUAGGUCAACAGCUGACUUCUUGGUCAUGGUCCAGAAAUGUUUCUAUUUAAUUCUUUAGUCAACUGUUAUCUGAACGUUUCCACAUUUCCUUUUUUUGCAUUUUAAACAUGAAAUGUUUAAUUCUGUCUAGAAUGUAUAGAAAUUUAUAUUUUGGACAAAUCUCUUUUAAAAAUAUUAGUGCAAGCCUUUACAACCAGCCAGUUUACUGCCGAGCGUAUCCGACUGCCAUUCACACAUCAUCAUCAUCUUCUUUUCUCUCUUCUUUUUGCUUUGACAAGCCAUAUGUCCUACUUUCUUCUUCUUUUCUCUCUUCUUUUUGCUUCAUUAAGCCAUAUUUUCUACAUUCGUCUUUUCUCUCUUGGUUUUGCUUUGUCAAGCCAUAUUUCCUACGUUGAAAUACUUGAGCCGACGAUGUUUAACAUAAAACCAGGGCAAGUUAUUAUAUCAGGGGUGACAUUAUGAAAUCCAAUGUUCUGCUUUGCCAGGAUGGGAUGAAUAAGUACAUUUUCAGGUUUUGUUAUCAUUGUUCAUAUAUUUGUUUCAAGUGAUCCACAGGAAUGUGUUGCUUUGGUAUUCCAGGUCAUGGUUUGCUCUCUCUCAUGGAUGAGCUGCCUUGGGAUAUAUAGACAUAUGGUUAUAAAAUUGACUCCUUGGUUGAAUGAGAAUUCUCAUUACAUUCUGCCAGUGUCAAUGUUAUUAUAUGACGUUCCUUUAUUUUAUUCUUUAAUCAGAUUUAUUGAUUUUCCUGCACCCCCUCAAGCUUAAUUCCUCCAGCUUCUGGAAUUUCCAUCAGAAAUGGAGCAGAUUACCGUGCCUAACCUAACCCUUUCCGCUGCUAUUAUUAGAGCGCUGAGGUGAAGGUCACGUAACCACAAAAUUGAAAAUACUUUUAUUUUGGACUAUUAUUAUUAUUUUUAACCGUUUUUUUUUUUUUUUAAAUCAUAAUGAUAAGGGGUCUAGAGAGCCAUUGUUAACUAUGUUUGCCACCCAAACUACAAUGAUAUGGCAACUUCAUUUUAUUGGCUGCACCAAAUAAAUCCUACGUAUCUACAGCAAUCUCCUCCUCUACCAAAGUGCUUAUUGUUUAAAGUAUUUUAGAGGGGAAUAUUCUAAAUGCAGACAAUGUUCAUUUUAUUUGAGUUACGGGAAAUCCUUUUUAUUUGUCACUGCCCUUUGGUCACAUUUUUGAGGGGACACAACGUUGUAUUUUAUUGAUGGAAUAGCCAGGUUCAAGUGCACAUGCCUGUGUUGAGGUUUAUCUCGAUAUGCUCACGUUCAGCCUGUAACUGUACAAUACUUGGAUGACCAAAUGGAGACUGACUUACCUUCCAAUUGCUGCUUUCUUUAACCGAAUUCCAUUCUCUCAUCUCUCGUGUAAUUGGACAAAAUUAAAUGACGCUGGCAGGAAUGUGCAAGUCUCCAAUCACUUGGAGCAUAUAGUUGUAUUUACAAGGGUACGAUACUGUGAAUUGAAACCCAUUACUGCUCUCAUUACUACCUCUGUCACUUGGAAUCUGUUUGUAUAAAACAAGUGUGAAUCUUGGCAAAUGCACUUUUUUUUUUGCUUGUCCUGAAAUUGUUCCAAAGAAAAAUAAAUAACUAGUGUGCUAUUUUUUGACACUUCUGCCAUUCUUUUAAUAAAGUUCUAAAGGAACAGUAAUGCAAAAAAAGAUUAUAUAUAUAUAUAUAUAUAUAUAUAUAUAUAUAUAUAUAUGUACUGUUGCCCUGCACUGGUAAAACUGAUCUGUUUGCUUCAGAAACACUACUAUUGUCUAUAUAAACAAGCUGAUGUGUAGCAAUGGAGCAAAUGAAAUAGGGCUAAAUCGCACAGGUUAAAUAACUAAUAACAGAUAAAAUCUGUGUAACACCAUUAUAUUCCACAGAGCCUAUCUGCUAUGUAAUCUGAGCGUUUUCUCUUUUAAAUUGCUUUCCCAAUGGCUAAACAGCAGAUUAUUAAUAUACUAUAUAUGUAGAAAUUAUAGUGUUUCUGACGCAAACACACCAGUUUUACCAGU